AUGAAGACCACCGAGGCCACCACCAACAACUACUUACCGGAGUUGCCAUCUUUUUUCUGGAAAUAUAUACAUGAAGUGACCGAUGUUGUCGGGGAUGGUAACUGUGGCUACAGAGUCGUUGCUGCAUUGCUGGGCCUUGAGAGCGGUCCGGACAGUUGGCGUUGGGUUAGGGAAGAGCUGAUUAAAGAACUCACACUCUAUCUGAAACACUAUGCAGACAUGUGGGGUUAUGAUGUGGCACAGGCCAUGCACCUUCGUCUCACUCUCCCUCCUGGUGGUAGAGCCACUGAAGACAAAUGGAUACAUCUAUCGGAGAUUGGGUACCUUAUUGCUAACCGGUUUCGGGUUUUCAUCUCCAUGUCGUUAAAAUCUAGUUACACUUACCUUCUGAUGAGUGGAGGCGCCCCACCGUUAGAACAUCCUGUCGUAGCUGUUGGUCAUGUGACCAAUCACUUUGUACAGCUGAAGUUGGUGUCUGGACAUCCUAUGCCGCCAAUUGCUCCCCAAUGGGAAUACAACGUUGUAGAACCUGAGUCCGAAUGGCGAGUACCGUAUCAAGAGCGUUUGGAAAGAUUUAUGGUUAAACACACUGCUUGGAUUGUUCCUCAUGUUCCUAGCAAGAAUGAUUACAUAAACAUAACAAAAGAUUGA